CUUACAGGGUUACAGAGGCGGAGAAAUGACUGACGGAGUGGCUCAGGUGGAAGCAGACGGAAUGCAGCCAGGAUCAGACUCCUGGAGGUGGGUGGUAGCGGACGAUGCUGGCUGUCCUGCUCUGCAUAAUCAUCUGUGAUUUUUCUACUGGGGGCCUCCAUCGUAAUGGCUGGAGCCUGGAGAGACCGGAUGUGGUGACAUGGAGUGUGGAGAGCCCGGACAUGGUGAUAGGGAGGGAAGGGAAGCCAGUGGUUCUGUUCUGCACGUUCACUCACCCUCACCAUGGAUACAGAGGCAACAUCAGUGUCAGCUGGAGGGAAGAGAAGAUGGGCAAGUGGUUUCUCAAUUACACCAAUUACCCUUCGGGCAAUGGGUUUGCCAGUUGGGUCCAUGAGAGUGCAGGGGAACGCUACCAACUAUUGGGGAGUCCGCGGCAGAACGACGUGUCCAUAAUCAUCAGGAGUUUGAGACCUUGUGAUGACCAUACGCAGUAUACUUGCCUUGUGGAGCUGCAGGUGCACGGGAAUGAGACAGCCCAAAACUUCUCCCAAACACUUCUCAUGGUAACAGGUGGUUUCAAAGCAACAUCGGUGAUUGGGAAGAGGGGAGAUUCUGCCAGACUGCUCUGCUCCUUCAGCCCCCUUGAGACAAAAGUUACAUCCAUCACUGUCCUCUGGAUGAAGGGGAAUCCUUGGAAAGGGUCCAUUCUCUUCAAUCAGACGCGUUUCUCCUCCGCCAGCCCUCCCUACACCAUCACUGUAACCGAAGGAGGCCGAUAUGAGCUGGUGGGAGAUCCAGAGCAGGGAAACGCCUCCAUCAGAGUGACGGACCUCAGAAUGAACGACACUGGCGGUUAUUUCUGUUAUGUUUGGGUCAGGAAUUCCACAUGGGAAACGGUGAUUCAGGAUGAGACAGGACUCCAGGUUAUAGUCCCAGCCACCAUCCUGGAGCUGUCUCUUGUGACUGAUGAUGUAACCGGAGAGAGCCUUGUGUGCAGGGCUGAAGGAGAGCCCCCUGCGAGCAUCACGUGGAUCGGCCCUGGGAGCAAUGCACUGCCCCUCAACAGUAGUGAGAUGAGAUUCACGCGAGAUCCAGAGCGGCAUCAGAUAGUUGGAGAGCUUUUCCGCCCCAGGACGGGAGGGAGCUAUAGCUGCGUGGCUGAGAAUGAACUCGGAAGAGACACGCGCGAGAUUGACCUGUCCGCCACCGAUAACAGUUACUCGAAUUUCAUCAUCGGAAUGCUGUGCCUGAUUCCACUGAUUAAGUUUCUCCUCCUUCUGAUAACAGGCAUCAUUCUCUUCAUUAAGAUAAAAGAGAACUGAAAGAUGUGUACAUUUACAACAAUCCCCAUUCACAAUGAGUUUCAACACCUGAGGAGAGCAGCUUCUUGUCUGUUGACGGAAUGAUUCUACUUACUGACAUGCCAUAAUUGAAAAGACGUGGCAAUUCCGGACCAUGGAAAACACAGUAUCCACUGGAACACAAGCAAUUCCGUUUUGACCUAUUUUAGGGGUUUUACUUUAGAGAAUGUUGUAAAAGUUUGGAAGAUUGAGUCUGGAUGAAGGGUCUCAGCCUGUUUCUUUGUACCUCUCUAUUGAUGCUGCCUGACUUGCUGAGUUCCUCCAGCGUUUUGUGUGUGUAACUGUGAAUGGUAUAAUCUUUUCCAAGUGAACUUUAAUUAUGUUUAUCAAAACUUUGAAAAGUGUCCUGGCAUAAGGACACUAUGUAAAAGAAUAUCACCAUUUUAUACAGAUUGUUCUUAGGUUAUAAAUAAUUGACUUAUGGACACCUUAUGGACACUUAUGAACAAGCUGCCAUAGCAUUUGUAAAUUCAAGUAUACGUACAAGGGCUCUCUGAGUCCCAGCAGGGUGUUCAGAAGUCUUGCAGCCCAGAAGAAAAAGCUGUGACCCAGCCUAACACUCCUUGCUUUUAUACUGUGGUACCUUCUGCCAGAUGCAGAUGUUGUACCUCCCCUUUCCACCACAUAGAGAAUAAUAUUUGAAACACAAGAGGUUCUGCAGAUACUGGAAAUCUUGAGAAACACACACAAAAUACUGGAGGAAUUCAGCAUGUCAGGAAUAAACAGUCAAUAACUUGGGCCGAGACUCUUCAUCAGGACUCAUCAGAAGGAAUUCUUUGGGAAUAAAGCUUUCUGCUUUGAAAACAGAAGUGGAUAACCACAAAUUGAUCCACUUUAACUUGUCCCUGCCAUGCAUUUUCCUAUGUGACUCAGUCAUCAAAAUGACUGCAGUUCUCAUGUUGAUAUGUGUAAAUGACCACAGACAAAUGAGUAUCACAAGUGCUAUGGACAGAGUGAAUGCACACACUCGCUUUUGAAACCAAACGGCAUGGGUUUAAGGUGAGAGGGGAGAAAUUUAAUAGAAAUCUGAGAGACAACAUGUUCACCCACUGAAAAUGAAUCUCAAGGUUCAUAUGGUAACAUAUGUGCAGUUUGAUUACCAAUUCACUCCCAACUUUGUACAGAUUCAAAAUGCUCUAGUGUUGACAUGAUCUUCCUCUCAAAGCCCAACUUUGACUUCGCCCUGCCUGUCUCCUCCCUCUGGUUCCCCUUCUUCUCUUUCUCUCUCCUCUCCUUUCAGAUUCCUUCCUCCACCUAUUAAUCCUAGAUUCUUACUUUAUCCCCAUCCACUGCCUUCCCCAUCACAUGGUCUCACUUAUCUGCCAGCUUAUACUCUUUCCCAACCCACCCCCACC